AGAUGCUGUCGCUAGGGCAGCUUUCAAUUGCCCCUUUGCAAUUCCUUGGGUUUGUGUUGGUGCGCGUGCCAUUUUUUUGGAAACCCAAACAACGCGAAAUUUCUUGCAGCUUGAUCCCCUCAAAAUAUUUUGGCGCAUUGUGAUCGUUAUUAUGCCUUCACAAGAAUGAGUGGGCCACGCCUCAAGAAACGGUGUCGUAGUCGCGACCGAUGGAAUGGUCGACGGACCCUAAUGCAGCAUUCUGUUGCGCAAUGCCCUGUGACUUUCUAUCACCUACAUACUGUUACAAUACAUACACUAUAGUGGCUUUGAGGCGCGCGAAGCAGCUUUAAGCGAACGCGAGGCUCACGAGCCUCUUCCCAGGCACUGCGAAAUCAGCAAGCUACGCGGGCAAUGGCCGCCGCCCAUCUGGAUGUGAGCUCGGGGCAAUGGCCGGAGGAAGUAUUCCAGGCGGCAAGAGAAAAGGUCACAUACAAGUGCAAUCACUACAGCUACGUGCGGAGGCUGUUGCACGCGAAGGAGCGUGCGCACAGACAGCUGGACGCGCGACUACAGUACGGCGAGAUCCACGACGACGGCGGUCUGUUGACCAACAGCGAUCAUGACCGCGACGGUGAGCAGAGCUCUAGCAGCAAUGACGGCAGUGACAACGAAGCCAACCGCGUGGGGAACCUGCGCCGUAACGCCGCCGCGGACAGCAGGACGGCAGGCGGCGGCUACGGCAGCUGCGGUGGAGGCUCCGCAGGAGGGCACGGCACGCCCGGUAGCAGCAGCCGUAGCAGCGCCGGUGCGGCUCAUGCGGCGCCCAUCGCCGCGGCCGCGUGGCUGCGUGCGGACAUGAGCGGCAUGCUGCUGGGUCGCAGCAGCAGCUCGCGCAGCAUGUCGGCUGCGCAGACGUGGCUCCUGCGGUCCGAAACCGGCAGUGGUGGAAAGGAGCUACCGGAGGCGGCGGCGGCCGACGGCGGUGGCUCGCAGCCGCCACCCGCUGCCUCGCAGCGGCGCCCAAGUGCCGCCUGCUAUGGUGGCGGCGGGCCCGCCGGCGUAGGUUGCGGCGACAGCGGUGCCGCCACUGGCGGACAUGACAGUGCACCGGCGUUGAGCCGCGGGCGCAGCUUCAGCAACGGCAGCCGUGGUGUCAGCAGCCUGAAUGGAGACGCAGCAAGCGGUGCUCUUGUGGCCUCAGCGCUCAGCUUCACAGCCGGUGCCGCCGCGUCAUCCACGGCGCUCAAGCCCACGCCGCCAGCGCCACUGCGCGGCGCGGCGUCAUUCACGCUUGGCAGCAGCGGCGGCAGCAGCCGCAACGGCAACCGGGCCGGUGCAGCUGCUGCCAGCUGGGCCCGCGCUUGCACUGCAGUUGCUGCCGCGGCUGCCGGUGGCGGCGCGUCGCCGCAAGCUCCGUCGCUGCUGCUGUCGCCGCGCUCGCCCGCUUUGCAGCCUCAGCAGCCCCCUAGCAGCAUGCAGCAGCUGCUGCAGCACCAGCGCUCCAUGCCACGCGGCCGGGCAUCCGUAGACCUACCGAUGGCCGCCACCGCCACCGGCACCUGCACCACCGCCGCCACCACUGCGGGUGUGGUGGAGCAGCCGCAGCAGCCGCAAACUGCACAGCCUCAGCCGCCGCAGGCUCAGUCCAAGCCGGCGCCGCUCACGGCGGGCGCCCUGUCGCUGAGGCUGAGUAAGCUCGCCAGUUCGGUCGGCAUUGAUUACAUGGGACUGGGCCGCCGCGCAAGCGAGAUGCAGGAGGCCGCGGCCGCGGAGGUGGCGGACGAGAUGCAGCAGCGCAACGGUGGUGACGACACGGAUUCGGCGGAUGAGGCGGAGGCCGGUGACCAGCUGCGCAUGCUGCGUGGCACGGCCGCAGGGGAGCACGUGGAUCGGAGCUGGAAGUCAUUUACGAUGGGUCUGCGCAGGCACACCACAGCGGAUGGAAGCUGCAGCGUUGGCGUGGACGCAGCGGCUGCUGCUACAGUAGCCGCCAGCGAGAAAAGCUUCACUGCAGGCAGCGGCGGUUUUGCUCAGUUCCGUAGCUCCUCUAUGCGCAUUAGGUUUGUGCCGGAGGAUGAUGACGAGGAGGAGGAGGAGGAGCAGGAGGCGGUGCCGCAGAAGCCGCGUGACCGUUACGGCGCGUACCCGGGGCGGGGCAGUGCGGCUAGCGGCCGGCGGAGCAGCAUGACCACUAACCUGGUGCUGCCUCGCUCGUUUGAAUGCGCCAGCGCCCCAGCGGAUGGGACCGCUGCGGCUUCCACUCUGUCGCCACUUCUGACGCAGCCGCCACCAACCCUGACCACGCAUAACGAUACCAGCCGCGGCACGAGCGGCAUGGCAGCUGGAGUCUUGACUGCCGCCUGUGGCGAUGGGGGCGCCGCUUCGUCUGCUACCCACACCACGACGAUGACGCCAGCCGCCGCGCCGGCGCUGCGCGCGCGCAGCUUCACUGCUGCGCGUCGCUCGAGCUUGUUGCUGGCGGCCGCGGGCUCAGAGGUCGCCUAUGCUGUCCCCCAGCUGCAGCUGCCUCCACAGCUGCUACCGAGCGUGCACGGCAGAGGCUCUGCACGCACGCACACCUCUCCACGCGCCGUCUGCCUGCCUGCUGUGGGUCGAGAGCUUGCUCCUCUGACGUGUCAGACGAUACCUGCCGAUCCGGUAGACGCGUUUGAUGCUGCAUAAGUGGUUCCUGGACGCUGCCGCGCACCGCAAAAUUAUGUUCCAACUGAUUGAGAGAGAAUGCAUGGGAAUGCUCAUUUCCGUAACACAUGCAUGGACACCGAGCUAUGCAGCGCACAUGCAGCAAAAUCACACGCCGCAAGCCUCUUUAUGUUACUACUUCCUGAAGUUGCACCCGUGCUGGUUGCCGCUUGCUUGCAAGGUAACCCUGUACACCGUGCCUCGUGACCGUGCCUGUACAGCAACGGAGCACCUCUGCAUGGAAAUACGGUACUCUACGUAUUGCCAUACAUAUGAUACUUAAGCAUCCACCCAGGGGGACUCAUAGAGAGAGAGAUUGUCCUUCAUCAGAGUGUACCGUUCUGUUAUGUCGCAUCCAUGCUGAACUUGUGCACAAAUCACAACAUGCCUUACAACAAAACGAUUUGCUUGACCGUACAGUAUUCAUCAAUGCGUGGUUUGCAUGCAUCUUGUGGCGUAGCAUGUCGUAGUAGCCGGCAGGAGUGUGGAGAGUGGAGAGCUGGUUGAUGCUAGCUUUACGGCAAUGAAGGAGGACAGGGGGCCUGUGGAGUGUGGGGUGCAUGUUCCAUGAACAUGAAUGGAGUGCUGAAUAGGCGCAUACCUUUUACGCGUGCUGGCCCAAGCUGGCCUUUGCUCCGCAUCCGCUCCUGUGUUCUUUUGCCAGCUUUCAUCAGUGUUUGUUUUGGGCCUGCUGUGCUUGUGCUUGACAGCGGGACGUGGCUGGACACAUGGCGAGGCCGUGCUGUGCCUGUACAAACCGAACUCGGCUAUGGUUGGGCGGGAAAUGAGGUAGAUGCUAGACGGAAAACGUGGCGUGGGCGCAGGCGUGCAGCAGCCCACUGUUCCCUGUGCGGUCAGAGCGCAUCUGCUUAUAGGCUGCGUACAGGUUGCUAUGGGCGUUAAACCGUGCCUGUGGUUGCAGAUGCGUAACUACAGCGGAGACGUGGAGGAUGCCUGAGGAUGGAGUGUGGAGAAGCUGUGUUCUGGGAGAACGACAGGCAAGGGACGCGCACAGCUAUGGUUAGGCCCAGGCUCAGGUGCGGCCCAUCUUCGGUGCAAUGGCAGGGUCAAGUAGGAAAGCGUGGCAUGGUGAUGAAAAGCCAGAUGGGCCAGUACGAAACGCCACAUGCCGGGAAGUACUGCGGGCUCGCCAUGGAGCGAAACCCCGAUGAGUAAAU